AUGUCGGAGGAAGUAGCAAAACUACGCGGAUCAGAAUACACACCAAGUAUUCUUAAGAGUUCUACUGAUAAUGACAAGACGACUCCACAAAGAGAGGUCGUUGCAAAAAGUACUGUAAACGGAUUUGCCCCCUUGAUAUCUGCAUAUAUUCGUCUUACGUGCAUAGUAAAGACAUUAUCAAAAAGCUUUUUUACUCAAGACGACCUUCUGUUUCCUCCUGAACAAUGCUUUGUUGUAGUCAGCGAAAGCACUUCUUACCAAUAUCGCACUUUUUUACACUUGCCUUUCUUUCGUAUUGUUGGCGAAAAAUCUAAGUCACGAACAAGUUACUGUUUCGAUCAUUUAUUUUUGCUUACUGCCUGCUAUUUUGAAAAAAGACUUUUCUUUCUUAGGGCUGUCGAGAAUUAUUCUGCUCCAUAUCAUCGUAUAAGCUGCUUGGCACUCGUUCCAUACGGCAGUCUUAUUAGUGGCGUUGAGGGUCCUGUCCACAUACAAUAG